UUACAAAAAUUCGACGACGGCUAAAUCAAGAAAAUAAAAUAUAUUUGAAGUCUUCCACCUAACCAGAAGACGAUCUAAGGUGGGUUAGAACUUUAAAGAUUUAGAUUAAUGGAUCCACAGACACAACAGAACGCCGCAGAAAACAGCCACGCUCCCAUUCCGACAUCAGUCGUAGUAGACAUACAUCGCUUAACUUCAGAAGACACUGAUCCUAAGCUUCUGAGAGAAUCAGCUGGUUCAGAGUCAUGUUGCAUCGUGAGAAUCCCACACAGCCUCGCGCGGAUCAACCUCAAAGCAUACGAACCCAAGAUUGUCUCCAUCGGUCCUUACCACCACGGCAAGGAACAUCUCAAAAUGGCCCAGCAGCAUAAACGCAGGUUCUUGAAGUUCUUGGUGGCUAAAAUGCAAGAAAAUGGAACUGAUCCUCAAGAAUUAGUCAACGCUGUAUCCACUUUGGAAGGAGAUAUAAGAGGUUCUUACUCGGAGGAUCUUGGUUAUGAAUCUGAAAAGUUGGUUGAGAUGAUGGUUCUUGAUGGUUGCUUUAUCCUCACGUUGUUCUUGAUAGUUUCUGGCAAAGUUGUUUACACUAAUCUUGAUGAUCCCAUUUUCAGAAUGCCAUGGAUCUUGCCGUCGAUUCGAGCCGAUCUUCUCCUUUUGGAGAACCAGGUUCCUUAUGUUCUUCUUCAAACGCUUUUCGAAACAUCGAAUUUAGUUACUAAUAGCUGUUUAAACGAGCUAGCGUUUGAGUUCUUCGACUACUCAUUACAAAAACCAGAAACGUUUUGGGCAAAACAUUAUAGUCUCGAAGCCAAACAUCUUCUUGACUUGAUACGCAAGACAUUUGUCCCUGUUACUUGUCAAAGAAGCAUCAAAGAAGCUAAUGGUUUUCUUGGAUUCGUUUUAUCAGCCAAGAAGCUUCACCUUAGAGGAAUCAAAUUCAAACGAAGGAUGAACACAGACUCAAUCUUAGACAUAAGGUUUAGUAACGGUGUGCUUCAUAUUCCUCCAGUAGUCAUGGAUGAUUUCACGGUGUUCUUAAACUGUGUAGCCUUUGAGCAGUUAUAUGCAGAUUCAUCAAACCACAUAACGAGCUACGUAGCGUUCAUGGCUUGUCUUAUAAACGAAGAGAGUGAUGCAGCGUUUCUUAGUGAGAGAAGGAUUCUUGAGAACUAUUUUGGAACAGAGGAAGAAGUGUCUAGGUUUUAUAAAAGCAUUGGCAAAGAUGUUGCUUUGGACUUAGAGAGGAGUUACUUAGCGAAGGUGUUUGAAGGGGUUAAUGAGUAUAGUUCUAAAGGGUUCCAUGUUCAUUGCGCAGAGUUUGUUCACACUCAUUUUGAUAGUCCAUGGACAUUUGCAUCGUCCUUUGCAGCUUUGUUGCUUCUUAUGUUUGCGGCUUUACAGGUUUUCUUUGCAGCUUAUAGUUAUUUCCAACCUCCAAAAGAUCAGUGAGAGGUAACUGUAAUUUACUUGUUAUA